GUAAGCGGCUGGUUCAGACGUACAAAUCCAGCGCUGCAUGAGUUUAUUGUUAUAAUUCGUUGCUAAGUUUGUGAAUUAGUGUUUUAUCUACAAUUAAAGACACAUAAAUUAUUUUUAAAUAUUAAUCUAACAGUAGAAAAAAAAAUUAAAAAGUGGAAAUAAAAAAGUGACGAAAUAAAUGGAUGGACCGACACCAAAAGAUUCCCUCAUUUCUCUCACAACAUCAAAACGCAAAAGAGAUCGAAGCCAUGAACAACUCAUGCGAAAGCAGCUCCUCCUACUGGGAGUUGUCUUCCUUUCCCUGGUAUGGCUACUAUUUCAGAAGGACACCUCAAUGCCUAGCCUACACAUACCACCUGGAAGGAUCAUAGAUGAAGAGUUUCAGGGACAAACUGCUUUUCUCAUCAACACAACAGGUUGCAAAAUACCAUACAUGGAUCCCUUUGAUGAACUUAUCCAGAAAUUUAUUACUGACAUAGACCCUCCUAAGUGCAACAAAUUCAAUAUUGGAAGAUUAGUGAAAGCAGAUUAUGACUCCGUUUUCAUUGACUUUGAUGUAUUAAACAACAUUUCUGUUGACCAAAAUCAGGUCAAAUGUUAUUAUACAGAGUUUUGGAGAAUUGAACAACCUCUUCUGAAAGAUGGCCAUUAUGCAGCAAAUGUUGAUGCAGAAGUGAGGUUUUCAUCAAAAGAUAUUGAAAUAAAGAAUCGGACAACAAUAGUAAAUGAGGAAUUCAUUAAAGUUUUCUGUGAAAUUAAGAAUGAAACAAUAUAUAAAGAUUAUUUUGCUUUUCCUCAGAGUAGAAAAGGAAGACAUAGAGAACAUAAUACAGUCAGCAUCUCCCUGAUUGGUUUUGAUUCAGUGUCUAGACUUAAUUUACUACGCCAGAUGCCACGAACAGUUGCAUUUCUUAAAGAGAAGGUUAUAUCUGUUGAAAUGUUAGGCUAUAACAAAGUUGGUGACAACACAUUCCCAAACAUGAUUCCAGUAUUGGUAGGUCGCACAGUGGAGGAAAUUAAAGAGACAUGUUGGCGACAAGAGAAUAUUUUUGAUAAUUGUUCAUUCAUUUGGAAUAAGUAUAAAGAAUCAAACUUCUCAACUGCUUACUAUGAAGAUGCUACUUGGAUGGGGCUUUUUAAUUAUCAAAAAUAUGGUUUUAGAAAACAGCCCACAGAUUUUUAUGGUCAAAUUUUUUCACUUACGGCAGAAAAUGAUUUGGGUUGUGAUAAACGACUCAAUGCACAUCUUUGCAUCGGGAACAGAAUGGUUCUCAGUGUUCUUCUUGAAAGUGCUAGUAGAUAUAUCAUAGGAUCCAGAGAUAUGCUGACAUGGUCUAUGUUUUGGACAAGCAGUUUGACACAUGACUAUCUCAAUUUGCCACGGUUAGCAGAUCUUCCAUUUGUGGAUUUUAUGGAAAAUCUUUUCAAUAAUGACAUUUUCAAUUCUACAAUUUUUAUUUUUAUGAGUGAUCAUGGUAUUCGAUGGGGUGGCAUUAGGUCUACUUACCAAGGCUAUAUGGAGGAGAGGCUUCCAUUUCUAUUUAUCAGUUUUCCCGAGUGGUUCAGAAAUACAUAUCAACUCGCAAUACGAAAUCUUAAAGCCAAUAGACGUCGGCUUACAACACAUUUUGAUUUACACGAAACACUCCUUGACUUAGUAGAUCUAAAUAAUCUUCAAGACGAGGUAAUUAUAGAGAGAACAAAUUUUUUGUAUCAUAAUGCUAGAAGAGGAAUAAGUCUUUUCCUGCCUAUUCCAGAAAACAGGACUUGUGAAGAUGCUGGGAUCACAGAAAAUUGGUGUACCUGUUACACUUCUAAAUCUGUUUCUGUUUCAAACCCAAUGGUAAAACAGGCAGCCUUAGCUUUGGUUAAUUUCAUGAACAGUUUGCUUGAUAAUCACCGUGAAUGUAGUCAGCUUAACCUCCAUGAAAUAGUAUCCGCCAGGAUUGAACAAUUGAUGUCAACUGAAGAAAGUAAUGAUUCUAUCAAUACUAAAUCUACUGAUUAUAUAGUGACAGUUAAUACUGAGCCUGGGAAUGGAGUAUUUGAAGCCACAGUUCGGCACCGUAUCUUUUCAGAGGAUUAUACAGUUAUUGGUGAUGUUAGUAGGUUAAAUACUUAUGGUGAUCAAUCUAAAUGCAUUUCACAUUACAUGCUUAAGCUGUACUGUUUCUGCAUAUAGUGAUUGAUUAAGAACCAAAUUGUAAAUAAUAAAUUAUGUACAUAUAUUUCAUAUCGGUUUACAGGUGUUUUUAAGCUUUAAGCCAUUUGAGAUGCCUGUAUGUUAAUUAGUGGCUGUGAAUGUACUGUGGUCUUAGUAUUCAACAUGAUAUAUUUGACUUGAAGUUAAUUGUUUUACAAUUAAUUUGUUUGUACUGACUUGUAUAUUAAACAGUAUAAUUAAAUAAUUGAUUUAUUUACUCUUUAUUAAUUAAAUGCACUUUUAUAUUUUUUAUUACUACAGGUUUUCUGCUGUAUGUUAUACCAUAUUUAUGUAUUCUAAUUCUAAUUGAAUAAUAACACUCAUGUCCAAGAACAUAAAAAUAAUUCAAUUUUUGUAUGAUUUAUAGUUAAUAUUUUGAUAAUUAAAUAUUUUAAAGCAA